AUGUCCAAGUUCGCGGUCCGCGUGGACGCUGCAGUCUCAGCCCUGGGAAGCGGUGCCGGCGCUGGCCUGGACGAGAACGACUUCAUCGACGCUUCGAGACUGGUCUACGAUGGUGUGCGGGAGAUACGAAGAGCUGUGCUGAUGAAUAGGGAUGACGAGGACUUGGAUCCGGAAGAUGUGGAGUUGGACGAGCAUUAUACAUUAGAGACGAGGAGCAAAUGUGAGAGGACCAAGUCGUCCAUUAAUGUGUCGUGCUUGGGGUGUUUUAGACGUACCAGCGACGAUCUAGACACCGAUACUGAGUUCGAACCCGUCGAGGAUAUGACCAUGGAAACGAGGAGCAGAUCGAGUGCCCACACUGGCGAACAUGGCGUCGACGAAUAUCCGGAUAUUAGUGGCAUUACUAACGCCAGGGAAGCUAUGCGGAAGAUGACAGAGGAGGAUAAACGCAAGAUCCUGCAGCAAGUGGAGCUGUUCCGCAGGGAGAAGAUGACCUUCGACAACGAGGUGGCCAAAUGGGACGACGCAGGGAACGACAUUAUCAUGCUGGCCAAGCACAUGUGCAUGAUCAUGUUGGAGAUGACGGACUUUACGAGAGGCCGUGGACCUCUGAAGACGACCAUGGACGUCAUCAAUGCAGCCAAAAAGAUUUCUGAGGCCGGCACCAAGUUGGACAAGCUGACCCGUGAGAUUGCUGAGCAGUGCCCGGAGUCGUCUACGAAGCAGGACCUGCUUGCGUACUUGCAGCGCAUCGCCCUCUACUGCCAUCAGAUACAGAUAACCAGCAAAGUGAAGGCCGACGUGCAGAACAUCUCCGGCGAGCUCAUCGUCAGUGGGCUUGACAGCGCUACUUCUUUAAUCCAAGCUGCGAAAAACCUGAUGAACGCGGUCGUGCUGACGGUGAAGGCUUCCUACGUGGCCUCCACCAAGUACACGCGCCAGGGAACCAUCGCUUCGCCGAUCGUGGUGUGGCGCAUGAAGGCGCCGGAGAAGAAGCCGCUGAUCCGUCCGGAGAAGCCGGAGGAGGUGCGCGCCAAGGUGCGCCGCGGCAGCCAGAAGAAGCAGCCCAGCCCCGUGCACGCGCUCGCAGAGUUCCAGAGCCCCGCCGAGAGCGUCUAG